CUUUGGACUCGCUAUGGGACGGACGCGCGUCGUUCGCCGUAUACCAUAGUGAUCACAAGGCGAUGGUUAGCAAGGUUACAAAAUAAAUGAUCAACGCCGGGAUCAUUGAGUGUGUCUCUUUAUUCGCUCAACAUAGUCAAUAAUGAUAAUAUAUAAAUUCAACAUUCACUAUAGCAGACCCACCAUAGUCACAGCUUCGCUGGCUUCCAUCUUCACAGUAUAUAGUGGAAUGGCGCGUGAUUUUUUUGUCUCGCUGUUCGCCUCCAGGAGCCUCAGACAGUGGGCAGCGCUCGUCGUUGGAUGUUUGGUACCUGGGCAGCCUGAACUCCGGCUUGCACGGCAUCCAAGGGACGGUCUAUGCUGCCUCGGCGGACACGCUGUCUGCUGCGGGGCUUCAGCUACGACGGACGAGCACCGAGCGCCCGCUUCAUCGUCGGCACAUGGAACAAGCCUGACGGGAACGGAAUCCUUGUGAAGGAUGAAAUGGGCAGCGAUCAAGCACUCAAGGCCUACAGAAACAAGACGAUUGUGCUCAAGUUGCCAGCUGGUAAUAAGAUCGCUGACUUCAAGUGGUUCAGCGUGUACGACAGAAAAGCCAAGAGGAGCUUUGCGCAUGUUGACAUUCCCGGCAACCUGCAUCUUCCGGGGUCGACGAUGGCGGCAAGACACCUAGUUGGCAACCACACCAACGCUACGGCCGUUGUCAUCGAGGACCAGAAGACGCUCCUGCUGAAGAACUUCUACUACGACGGCUCGAUACCAGAUACGUACUUCCUAGUCGGAAAGGGCGACGAGCCGGGACCCCAAGGAAUCAAGCUUCUGGACGAAAAACGAAGGACCAGCGUGCUCGGAAAGUACGCGGGCGAAAAUCUGCGCCUCACGUUUCCCGGUAACCUGACCGUGGACGACGUCGAUUGGUUCGCGGUCUACUGCACCGGCUGCACCAAGUCCCUGGUGCAGGCUUCCAUUCCGAAGCGUCUGAACGUGCCCCGCAACGCAAGGUUUAUCAAGAGGGUGUCGAGACUGGGCCUGCUGAGGAUGCACCAGGGGCCCACAGACCCGCAGCAAUUCAACUGCGAGGAGAUCGUCAAGGACGUAAUUCAAGUCGCAUGGCACCUGGAGCAGGACGAGAUCAGCUUUCACGUGCGCGCCGUCGCCGAUCGCAACAUGUGGACGGCAUUCGGCAUUAGCGGCGCCGCGGACUCGAGCCAGAUGGUGGGCGCGGACGUCGCUGUCAUUUUCAUCACUGGUUCCAACUACGAAGUCUCGGUCGCCGACUUUCUCAUAACGGCAAAGUCACAGUGCUCCGGCUCUAACGGCGUCUGCUCAGACAUCGCGCAGGGUGGCCAAGAUGACCUGACGGUCAAGUCGAAGUCCUACACAGAUGGAAUCGUCGACGUGGUCUACGCCCGCAAGCUUGAUACCGGGGAUGACAAUGACAAAUCCAUAGCGUCAACGGGAAAUGUGGCCGUGGUUGCGGCGCAAGGUCCUGUCAACAUGGCGGCGCCGGACACUGUGCUGUACCACACCGUGAUAGCCACCAGGGAUACCGUGCUCCUGCAGUUCGACCGCGACCCCCCCAGCCGCAACUGUCCGCCGCUACCAACCACGUCGAAUGGACCUUCUGGCCCGCCAGCAAAUACCAAGUACUUCGGAGGCCGGGACAUCUUCAAAAGUGAAAACAUUAAGGAGUUCACCGCCACCAUUGGACCCACAGGGUUGAAAGACCACGGCUAUGAGGCAAUCACAGGCAUGUUUGGCUGGGGCAUCUCGUGGUGGAUCAACGGGGAGCUUGUACCUGUACUGCAUGUGGAAAGGGGUGAGACGUACACGUUCAUCGUGGAAGGAGGCAACGACAAAACUGUAGGCGCCAAGUACCACCCUUUCUACAUCACCGACAGCCCGAAGGGCGGUGGCUCUAAGAUACCACCCAACGAGCUCGGACAACCGGGGAAUACCUUGUUGGCUGGGGUAGUUCUCGGCCCUGAUGGCAACGUUGACGAGUCGAAAGGCAUUGGACGCUUCUGCGAAUAUAAGGAGACGUCCGAAAGCAACACUGCCACGACUGCUGACGAGUACAAGAAGAGUGUGCGGAAGGCCUGCGAGCACGGUGACCCGGGAAGGUUCACAUGGACGCCUGACGCCACUACGCCUGACUUGGUCUAUUACCAGUGCUUCACUCACUUCUACCUCGGCUGGAAGAUCGUGGUGACCAACAAGGGCGCGAACGACCCACCGAUGGGUGUGGGGAACCCUCCUCCUGCGAAACCUCAACCUGCCGGUAAACCCCCUGCUCCCAAAAAACCCCCUCCUCCCAAAAAACCCCCUUCUCCCAAAAAACCGCCGCCUCCCAAAAAACCGCCGCCUCCCAAGGAAAAGCCAGCAGAAAAAAAGCAGGAAGAAAGCGGCAGCGGAGACUCUGGCGGAUCUGGCCAGGCCGUUCGACCAGCACUGCCGCCGUUCUUGUUUAUCUGCGCUGCCGUACUCGUCACAGUUCUCAUCAGACGGGAAGCAAGGGAUCGCCAUCUGUGACACUUCCUGCAUUAAAGAGCU